AUGGAUGAGUUCGCGCAAUCAAGAGAAGAUGAUGAUCUCUUUGCCGACGAGUUUGAACCAGCAUCUGAGCCUACGGUCAUUGAAGAAGCACCAAUCCGAUCCGUCUCGAAACUCUCACCUACAGCACAAACAUAUGUAGACAUCAGUGGCGCACAGUCUACGUUACCAAGUGGACCUUCAAACAACAAUCAUAACCACAGAAACCACCGAGAACGAGGCGCGGAUAAAAGACGCGGUGGAACCGGAGGUCGAGGUGGUGCGCCAAACAAUGGCCUCGAAUCGUCGAUAUGGGCGCCUCAAGAAGCAGAGCCUGUAGCUAAUCAAUCCGCCAAACCAGCAACAAAAGAUAGGAGACACGGUGGACGAGGAAAUCGAGGUAGUGCACCAAAUAAUGGCCUCGAAUCAUCGAUAUGGGCGCCUCAAGACGCAAAGCCUGUCGCCACUAAAGCCGCCAAACUUGCAACGGAACAGCCCCCUCCCGUGGCGCCUUCGACUUCUCCGCCUGCGAAAUCUGCUGGCGAAUCGCAAUCACAACCACAACCACAACCACAACCGCAACAAAACAAACCUGUACCUUCAGCUCGUGGCGAUCGUUCAUUAACCGGUGGCCCUUCACACAAGAAACUCACCGAGGAAGAACUGACCGCAAAACUCGCGCGAAUGAAGAUUAUAAAUGCGGAAAAGGCCGAGUCGUUCAAGAGGAGCGAGAGAGAUAAAGAAGGUUAUGCGAUAAAGGAAAAAGAGGAAAAGCGAAAGAGGAAAGAGGAGAUUGAGAGGGGAAGAUUAUUGGAGGGGGAGAGAAUGAAGAAUAGGGACAGAAAGUUGAAGGCUAUGGGUGGUAGGGAGUGGGAUGAGGGCAAGGAUGAGAAAGAAUCCGAGGAUUAUCAAGGAAGGGGUUCGCAAUAUGUUAGAGGUGGUCAUGGCGGGGUUAUCAGAGGCCAAGGUGGCUUGGCCAGUAAUAGAUUUAAUGUUGCGCCGGAAGAUGAUAUGUCUUCGUACAUUCAUGAUGACAACAGAGGACGGGGAUCCGGACGCGGAGGUGGAAGAGGAAGAGGGAAUGGCCGAGGAGGAAGAGGGGGCUCAGCGCAGCAAAAACAAACUAUACCUGCACCAGAGGAUUUCCCUUCGUUGCCAACAUCAGCUGCCAAAGACAAGGCAAAAUCAGAUCACAAUUCCCCAUUGGUCAGGGCCGGAGAUUGGGCCGAUGAGAUGGCUACUCCUAUUGAGCAAGAGAAGAAACUUGGUGUUUAG